AAAAUCAGCGUCGGCUGUUCGGAGGCUCUCUUUUUGAGUUUUGUCACCCUAAACACGCGUGGACAUUUCUAAAAGAAUGCAAAAACGUGUGCUUUGCAGUUAACUAUAUUACAAUAUCAAAGAGUCACCUCAUUCUAUGAUAGUUUUAGCCGUGAAGCUUUGACAAGCCCAGAAAAAGAGGUGUUGCCGGUCGCCUGGUGCUAUUGACGGCCCGCGGUAACUGCAGCGCGCAAUCAAAAGGAAAGCGCAAGGAUGCAACUAGUCAGGUGACGCCGUGUUGUUGUAACAGGGUGUUCAUUCAGAACGGCAGCGAAAAAAGAAAUGUGCGGCGGCACUGAAGAGCACUUCGCCUUCGGCCCAUGGAAAGUGACGGGCCGCUCCAGCCACAUCCUUCAAUCACAGUGCCCGACGCCAAGCGUGUGCAAAAGUGCCCCGUCCGAUGGGACCGGUGAAAACCGGCAAAUCUGCUUUUUCUGCAGAUUUAUUGAAGAAUUGAAGCUGCCAACUUAUCCAGACAUGACCUUCGCUAAUAACAUUCUCCGUCUAGAGCACACUGGUGGGUUUGGGAUAGAGUUCACCUGCAUCGACGCACUGCGCUGUCUCAGCAGUGACAACUACAUCCCCAGAGUGGCUGCAGCCCAAGCAUGGCAGGAGGCAAGGCCACUUGCCAACUAUUCCAAAGAGAACGAAGCACAUUUUGAUUGGACUUUCACCACUGACUACAAGGGCACGCUUUUUGGCAAGGACAAAACUAUUGUGGUUAAAGAGACUGAGGAGCACAUUGACCUGGAAAAGCUCAAGAAACGAGACCAGAUCCUUUUCUACCAGGAUGUCUGUCUCUAUGAGGAUGAACUUGCCGACCACGGAGUAGCGCAGUGUUCUGUAAAAAUGCGCAUCAUGAAAAACAGCUUCUUUGUGUUGCUGCGCUACUUCCUGCGAGUCGACAAUGUGCUCAUCCGCAUCAACGACACCCGUUUCUACCAUGAGGCAGGCUGGAAUUAUGUGCUGCGGGAGUACACCAGUCGGGAAUGCGAGGCAUCUCAGCUCGACGUGCCAAUUGCAGUGCUGACGGAUCCCGCUGCCCUGUGUGAGCACGUUCCGGUACGCAAGACACUGAGGGAGUGUCUGCAGCUGCCUGGCUGAAACACAAGAGAGAGAAAGACUGGUUCUUGCAUUGUUGAGUGGUGCUGACUUAACUGAACUGUUCCAAUGCAACUGACCACUGAUGUCCAUUUGCUUUACAUGCCGAUUUCAUUGUGCAUAAAAGUGGGUUUGUUCACGGAA